GAUGGCAGUAUUAUUCUCGAGAAGAAGCAGACGCAUUGAAAACAUCUGUCUACGAAAGAAAAAUAAAUUGUGGAAAAGUAUGAGAAAGUAAAUCAAUGAUCGAUUUUUAAUCACUUCGAAUCAGCUUUGAUGGGUCACCUUUGUUGUUAUCUAUUGUUCUUUGAGGUGUAGAGGCUUUACGAUUUUAAAUUUGAUUUAUAGUUGAUGCGCGAUUUAUGAGGCAGAUGUAAUUUGUUGAUAUCAAACCGCGGAAUGAAACAUUUUCCCGCGCGUUCUGGCAGCUGGAUUUACUAUUUUAGUUUCUUCAAAACACUUUCCAUCAGAUGGAGACAAAAUCUCUGUAUAUCAUUAUGUUUGCCGAUGUCCUGCCUCUUAGAUAACAGUGGCCUAAAACAUCUUAUCUAAAGAAGCUCUCUCAAGAAUCUUGUACAGAUUAUCUCUUGGAUCAUGAAGUACUUUGAUCCCGAUAAUGGAGCUUGGCAGGAAAUGCGUCCAGGUGACAGUCGCAGCCAGCAAAUGGACAUGGAUGCUAUUUCCAUGUCUUCGGCAUCUGUGAUUGCUGAGCAAAGCAGCAACCAACGAGGCCUAUACCGAACCAAGAGCACUUCCAGCAAGUACUCUCUGAAGAGCAAUGGCACGGACGGUGGCGCCGGUUCGGGCAUUAUGCGCCUGACCAAAGGCCUGUCCACCCGUCAAAGGAAGAGAGUCAUCCUUAAAAAUGGAAACGUCAAUCUACAGAAAGAACAUGUUAGCAAACGAAGGCAACGGUUUCUGCAAGACAUUUUCACAACCAUGGUCGAUAUACAAUGGAGAUAUAACCUCAUGGUAUUCGCCAUGGGUUUUCUUCUUAGUUGGCUCGGCUUCGCUCUCAUCUGGUGGCUUAUUUGCAUGGCACACGGAGACUUUGAUCAUGUUGGCGACGAAAAUUGGAAGCCGUGUGUGGCAGAUGUUCACAACUUCGCGACAGCUUUUCUCUUCUCAGUGGAAACGCAGCAUACUAUUGGCUACGGUUCGCGUUGCACCAGCGAAGAAUGCCCCGAAGCCAUUUUCAUCAUGUGCGUUCAAUCUAUCACGGGUGUCAUGAUUCAGUGCUUCAUGGCAGGCAUCGUGUUUGCCAAGCUCUCCAGGCCCAAGAAUCGCUCUCAGACGCUCAUGUUCAGCAGGUACGCAUGCGUCUGUCUACGAGAUGGAAGGUUGUGCUUCAUGUUCAGGGUAGGCGACAUGAGAAAGUCGCACAUCAUCGGAGCAACUAUCAGCGCACAAGUUAUCAGAAGGAAGACAACAUUAGAAGGAGAGGUGAUCCCUUACUAUCAUACUCUCCUGGAUGUCCGCUUCGACAAUGGCGGAGAUUCUGUGUUCCUAAUUUGGCCAGCCACAAUAGUACACGAAAUAAAUGAAAGCAGUCCUUUCUAUAACAAAUCUGCAGAGGAUAUGCUGAGAGAGAGGUAUGAGGUAGUUGUCAUCCUAGAAGGCACCAUAGAAUCCACCGGACAAUCCAUACAGGCGAGAUCUUCUUAUAUAGGCACAGAGAUCCUAUGGGGGCAUCGUUUUGACCAAGUUGUCAGCUUCCGCAAAGAAACAGGAGAAUACCUAGUGAACUACAGCAAAUUCAAUGCUACCAAUGAGGUUCAGACCCCUCUAUGUAGUGCCAGAGACUUUUAUGAAUACCAGAGAAUUCUGAGUGAAGCAACCAAAUCUCCUUCUUUUGUGAAUCCACCAGACAACAGCACGACAAGUUCCAGUAUCCGUGAAGGUUACCAGCGAAGCAAUUCAUCCCCAGAAGGAAGAAUUAGUGUCACCACCAAAGGCACAGAACCAACAGCGGAAACUCCAUUAUUAACUGAACCACCGACUUCCUCUACAGAUUGUUAAUCAUAAGAGACAGAGUGAUAUGAUUUUAAAAUAAAAUGAGUACCAAAGCCUGUGUGUGAAUGCACAAGAACAAAUUAAGAUCCUAUCAGGAUAAACUCUCCCUUAUAAUCAAUUCUGCAUUUAUUAAAUACUCUUGGCAACAGAGUAUUUUACGAACUUACAUUUCAUUUGGUUCACUUGAAGAAAAUACUCAUCAGCAAAAGAUGACGUUUCUGAGCUUUCAAAUAAUUGAAUAUUUUUACAUAGAGUAAUAAGUUAGAAUUUAAUCAAUUUCAUUUUGAAUUGAGAUUAUGUGUAGUUUAGAAAAUAAAGUACAUAUGAAUGUUUGUAAGUGUGAAUAAAUAAUGAAUCAUGUCCAACAUAAAUAUUUAAUAAUAAAAAUCGAAUA